AUGAUAAUAGAUGUCCGACGCUGGCGAGCGGGCGGAGCUGAAAAGACGGAAGGUCAAGGUGAUUAUCGAUGUCGUCCGCCUCCUGGCCCGGUGAUGUGGUUUGACGCCAUGGUGGUUAGCUCGCCGACGAUUUCUCUCUCCGAUGGUGGUGGUUCUCCGCCGUCUGUGUCGGUCAUUGCUCCGAUGGUCGGAUUGGGUGAUGGUGUGAGGAUAAGAGGGUUUGAUUGGUAA